AUGAAAAUUGACAGCAGUCCUCUGAUGGACCACUUUGGUUAUUUGUCCACCAAGCGUCUUGACAUUCAGGACCUGAUCGAUAAUUCCAGAAAUUUCUUAUUUAUUGCCAGGCCGAUAUUCUUGUCCGGGGAAGUCAUCAAGAGUUUUCUAAUGUGGGAGAACCGGCUGAAUACUGCAGUAACACUGGUCAUGAUGAAUAUUUUUGGCUUGUUCAUAUCUGAAUCUGGCCUAAUCACGAUCUUCGCCCUAGCUUUUACAUCCCUAAUGACGUUCGGGUUUUUCCACCGCCAGUACAAACUCUUCAUCAAAGUCAUACCCUCAAUUGAACCGGACGCCCCAUACAAUUGCAAAUCUCAUUCCGAAAAUAUGCGGGAUUUCCGGCUUUUGUUAUCAGUAUUAGAGAGUUCAAUAGUAUUCAUGUCAAAUGUUUUGUUGAAGGCUUACUCUGUCAUUGCUUGGAUUGACCUCAAAAUAUCAUUAAAGUUUCACGCUAUAUUGGGAUGUUCACUACUGCUCCUGCUCUUUGCACCUUUAAGGUAUUUCUUUCUGUUCAUCUUGAAUCUGGCUGUUCUUCUAUCGAGGCCCACAAGCAAGAAUGUUCAUGACUCCACCAACAUUCCUUCAUCGGCCAAUGAAACGCCAGAAUCUGAUUCCCUGCCUCCUAUUGCUCCACAAUUAACAGCAGCAGCUGCUGCCACUACCACUACUACAGCAACCACUACUACAAAUAUUACAGCUACUGAUAGUAACAACGAUACUGUUAACCAAGGUAGAAGUUCAGCUACUGCAACCCUGAUGGUUCCAGUUCCAGGUGUGGUUAACAUUGCAGACGAGUCUGAAGUUACUUCAGAUUACUCGGAUCAGGUAGAUGCGUUCUACGCCACGGAUUCCGAAUGUUCUGAGAAACUAGUGGAUGACAUGAACUCGGAUGAAGAUUCGGCGCUGAACGGCCUCACAUCAGAUGUGGUUAAGAACACUCAACAGCAGCAGACACAAAAGCAUCAAAAGUUGCCACAAAAUGCCUUGCAAACCUCCCUACAACUGCAGCAACCACAACGGCCACAGCCAUUAAAAUCAUCAAUUAUGGACGGGGUGACCUAUAAACAGUUAGAAACAGAAUCUCAUGAAGUCCGCACAUCCCUACAAACGUCCUCGUCGUCGUCAUCAUUCCCGACAACAUCAUUAUCAUCAUCUCCAGCUGCAAAGUCGUUGCUUACGACAACAACUACUACUACUACUACUUCAACAAUUUUUUCAACAGGGACGACAACAGCUGCAGUGACAAAUUUCAACAAUAGAAAUUUGCUCAACCAAAAAGUUCCUAAUUUUGUCGAUAAGUUCAUGGAGUUGAAGAACAAAGCUAAAAAUAUCCCUAUGGAGAAAUGUAAAAAUUGUGGAGCCAUAUUUACGGCCAUCUUGAAAAGGAGACAUAUUUGCAAUUGCUGUGGCAAUCACUUCUGCUCUCGCUGCUGCUCCCACAAAGUUCCUCGCUCCAGAUUUGGCGCUACCGCCCCGGCAGCUCAGACCGAAACGGUUGCUGUGUGCACUGGUUGCCUGCAUAAGCUCAUAGAACAACGCAAGGAAAAAGUCACAUAGUCUCUACCAUUUAUUCGUGAUGUAUGCAUGUAUGUGUGUGUGUGUUUGUGUGUGUGUGUGUGUGUAUGUGUGUGUGUGUGUACGUUGGUAUAAGUGUUUGUAUUAUUUAUUUAUUUUCUUUAAUAUAUCUUCACCAUCUACUCAAACAAACAAAUUCAAUGCGAUGAUGGAUCAAAUUUAUUUUUACCAAUUUACAUUUUAUUUCAUUCAAUUGAAUAUAUAUAUAUAUAUAUAUUCUUGUAAGUCUCUCUCUCUCUCUCUCUCUCUCUCUCUCUAUAUAUAUAUAUAUAUAUAUAUAUAUAUAUAUAUAUAUAUAUAUAUAUAUGAAUGUAUGUAUUGUGUACUUUUGAAACUGCCAUUUAUGCAUUAUAGUCUUUUCGUUAUUUUUCAUUAUUAUCUUUACAAACUUCCAUCUCAAAUCUCUUGCGUUAGAAAUCGCAUAUAUAUAUAUAUAUAUGUAUAUAUAUAUAUAUAUAUAUAUAUAUAUAGAGUGAGAGAGAGGAGAGAGAAAGAUUUACAUGUUUUGUUUUAUAGUAUUGUCGAUUUAGGUUUGGUUAUAUUGAGUAGUAUUUUAUGAUUUAUGUACAAUCAAUUGGAGCACUCAUUCAUCUAUUUUAAUUUAAACUCAAGUUUUAUCGAUUCAAUUCUUAUUGAGAAUGUAAAUUUUUUUAAAAUAUCAAUUCUGACAUUUUUUUAUGUUGUAUUGAUUUAUAUACGGUU